GGUCGCAGUUUCAACGAUUUUCUGGAUGGCAGUGGUCCAACGUAUCGAUGAGCUCUACUGUUUGGAAAAAAGAUCCCACUUUUAAAUUUAAGCUUGUUGGUAAGCUUCAGCGUUUCAAAUUUGUGCGCUGGGGAAUUGACAGAUAGACAGCGGCGAGAAUUUUCUAUCUUUGCUGGGCCAGCGGAUGAUCUCGGUGCCUUUAAGUUCCUUGCUUUCGCUUUUCUGUCUUAUACGGAGGUCACCGUAGUGGCGGAUUCCGCUUUAAAGCUUUGACUGAUGUCUGCAGUCAAAGAAGAGGGCUCCCUCCCAUUUAAACUGUUCAUAUUUUCUUUCCUCUUUUAUAUUUGUUUGGAAUUAAUGGUUUCCUCCGUUAGAGAACGGUGGCGCCGCCGAUGGGAAACUGCUACGGGAGAUCGGCUAAAUGCGCCAACUCUUCCUCACCGUUUGCUUCGAAAAAUUCACUGCAUUGCAGUAAUACUACCAGCUCAACGGCUUCAAGCAAAACAACCUUAACGGCUAUUGCUAGCUCCAUUUCAUCAUUCAGAAGUGAUGCAUCGUUGCCUACAACGAGCUUAAAGUCCUUUACCUUGAAUGACCUCAAAGCCGCGACUAAGAACUUCCGUUCAGAUUCUUAUCUUGGCGAAGGAGGAUUUGGAAUAGUCUUUAAAGGGUGGAUUGAUGAGAGCUCUCAUGCUCCCACAAAACCUGGUGUUGGCAUCGUUGUUGCUAUCAAGAAAUUUAAACGGGAAAGCUUUCAAGGACACAAAGAAUGGCUUGCGGAAGUGACAUAUCUAGGCCAGCUUCGUCAUAAAAAUCUGGUGAAGCUCAUUGGGUACUGCUCAGAUUCUGACAACAAACUUCUAGUCUAUGAAUACAUGCAAAGAGGAAGCUUGGAGAACCAUCUUUUUAAAAGGGGGGCUCAGCAGAUAUCUUGGGCUAUGAGAGUUAACAUUGCAAUUGAUGUUGCUCAAGGAUUAUCUUUCCUGCAUGGCUUGGAGACACAAGUGAUAUAUCGAGAUCUGAAAGCAUCAAAUAUUCUUCUUGACUCGGAUUUCAAUGCAAAACUCUCAGAUUUUGGGUUAGCGAGGAAUGGUCCCACUGGAGACAAGACUCAUGUUUCAACUAGGGUGGUGGGAACCCGUGGUUAUGCAGCUCCCGAAUACAUUGCCACAGGUCACCUAUCUAUAAAGAGUGAUAUAUACAGCUUUGGAGUUGUGUUGUUGGAAUUGCUUUCUGGAAGGCGAGCUCUGGAUCAUGAGAGAGGAUCUGCAGAGGACACUCUAGUGGACUGGGCAAAGCCAUUUCUCGACGACAAAAGGAGAAUGCUAAGGAUCAUGGACACAAGGCUCGAGGGUCGCUAUUCGAAGAAAGCAGCUCAGACAAUAGCAGCCCUCGCUUUGCAAUGCCUCGACGAUGAUUCAAGAAAUCGGCCUAACAUGCAUGAGGUUCUUGCCAUUCUUGAAAAGCUACGAGUACAGUCGAAGGAACCAACCAAACAACAAAACUUUUCAACAGAAGGUACAUAGCUUGUGAACCACAACAUAUUUGUAGCUUUGCAACUUCUCUGGACCAUAUGUUCUGCAUUGGAAAAAUGUCAUUCUGCAAUGUAUUGUUUCUGUAGAAAUGAUGGUUUUGAUGGAGUAACGGUCCUUGUUGAAGUUUGUUUUGAAAUCCACUGUACAGAACUUUUGAACUAUACACAUAAAUGCUUUACUUGUAAGAUAAACUUAUGCAGCUUUUGUUGCUUGUUCUCAUUUGUUGA